AUGAGUUCGGGCGAGGAGUCAAACGAGUUCCGACGGCCAGUCGUGACCCUCGCCUUUUUUUCAGUUGAUCGAGGACGAAACAAACGCGAAAUCCGCGGCAAGCAUGAUCAACCAGCUAUGCUUUUGUCGUGGUACUCCUCCUCGCUCGACACGCUCACGGCACCAAACAACUUCCCCUACACCCACAGUUACUACAGACCCCAUGCUAGGUCCUGGAAAGGGCACCUCGGUAGCUUCUUCUCCAAUCUUCACUGA